AUGUGUUUUACAGUUAACAAUGACAUGUACGAAAUCGGGACUAAGGAAGGUCGCCUUUCAACUUUGUAUAGUAGAAACCAAUUUGUAAUUUGCAAGGAAAGAUUUCCGAAAGUCGAUGAUGUGCCACAAACCAAGAUUUCACUCCGAGAGACAGCACGGACAUUUUCUAAUUUGGGUGGUCAGGGCUACGACCGAUGUACGUGUGUACUAAAAUGUAAAACACGGAAGUGCAAGUGCAAAGCUGCGGAGAGACUAUUCACAUCAAAAUGCCACGGGAGUAGUGCAUGCGAUAAUAAGUAA